AUGUUUAGUAUGAUGUCAUCAGAUUUGAAAAUUGAUUAUACAAGUAAGUGGUAUUACAUUAACAACAUGUAUUUUAUCCUACAAAAUGAUAAAAUUUAUAGAUCAUCUUCAAUAUCACAAGGUCAAUUUGAACAAAUUUUUCAAGCUGAUGGAGACAUUGAAGCUUUAUGUUAUGGAUCAAAUGUUUAUGUUCUCGUUUCAGGUGAAAUGGUCUAUUCAUAUCCUGUAAGUUAUAACAGACAUAUUUAUUUAUCACAGGAUUUAUCAAAUUGGGAAUUGGUUUAUUCAUUCACUCCAAAAUUUACUCAAAAUUAUAGAUUUACAAAUUUAUUUUAUAUUGAUGGGUAUUUCAUUGCUUUAGGAUGUGGUGAUUUAGUAAAUAUCAGUAGUGAUGGAAGAAACUGGUCUGAAAUCACAAAAUUUCAAGAUGUUAGAAAAGCAAUUUUCAAAAAUAAUACGUUAAUAUUGAUAACAAGACCAGUUUUAAAUACUCACCCAAAUUCAAUAUUAUAUAAUAAAUUCAAUAUUCAUAAUGGAUUAAAUACAAUUCUUGAGAUGAUUUACCCCAUUGGUUCUAUUUAUACGUCAAUGAACUCAACAAAUCCCGCAACAGUUUUAGGUUUUGGUGAAUGGAAGCAGAUUGUAGAUAAAUUCCUCUAUUGUGCGAACUCUUCAAAGCAAACAGGAGGUUCGAAGAAAAUUACUGAAGCAAACCUUCCACCGCACACUCAUACAGGAACUACAAACUUUUCUGGUGACCAUAGUCACUCAUUAAGAGACCAUCCAUUAUACAACUCAGAAUAUUAUGCUGGCAAUGACGUUUUAUCUCCAGAUUAUAACCAUUCAGCAAAAAAGACUUUUCGACCAACUGAACCAGGAGGAAAUCAUUCACAUACUUUCACAACAAAUCCAACAGGCUUGGGUAAAGAUUAUAUGCCACCAUUUAUGACUGUAUUCGCAUGGUACCGCAUUUAUUGA